AUGGACGACGGCAUCAGUCAGCUUGAGGUGCAAGUUGCUCACGUUGAAAAUGAGCGCAACUGUCAUGCCACAAAGGCGACGGACGAAUUAUUGUUGGUGGGCAAUAGCCAAGGAAAAGAAGAGACGGUUGAUAAGAGUCUUCAAAUUGCAGAGCUGUCCAUGGAAAUCAAUAAACUGAAGGAACAGCUCAAUUCUUCUAUAGCAGCAAACGAAAAAUUGCUUCGAGAAAAGGAAAUUGAAAACCAAGAGCUUAAGAGCAAGUGCAAAAAUCAAGAGAGACGGAUGGUGGUUCUCGAGAGAAGGAAUAAAGAACUACAAAGCACAAUCAAGAGGCUUGAAGGACCGGACGAAGGACCAAAAGAGAAAUCAAGGCUCAGUUCCCUGCCUUCACCACCCAUCACCGAAGGCAACUCAUCUGAAGACAAUUCGAUUAUCACAUCUGAGGAUGAGGAAUUUGAAGAUGAGGACUAUGGAAGCGCGUAUUACGCUCAGCACGAAGAGUAUGAAGAAGAAAAUUUAGCAUCUUCUCCUGGGACUUCUCAAAGGAAAGAAAGAUCUGGAUCCAUGCCUUUAGGAGGAGGAGGAAGUCCCAAAAGUCCAUCGCGUUUGUUAACAGGAAAGGAAGCAAGACGAAGAGCAAGUGACACUGCAUUGAAAGCGAGUAUAGGGAGGAUGACCCAGAAGCAAGAAGACGAAGACAGAUCAAUAUCAUCUCUAGGGUAUGACGAGGGCAGUAUUGCAACCCAGAAAGCGAAUGCAAACUUGUCUCGGAGCGAUUCAAACUUAGGACGAAGUACCGGCAGGCGAGGAAGCGAUGCAAGUCAAAGCCAAGGCCGUGUACCGCGAAGCAAUAGACGAUUAAGCGAUGCAAGCCAAAACCAUUCACCAAUAGCGAUCAGUAAGAGGAGAAUCACUGCUUCUCUUCUACGAGAAUAUGAUUCACCAGGAACAAACAAAACACGGGCUGCGGGUUCUAUGGCCAGUCCCUUUCGAUCUCCGCGAUUUCUAAGAAAAGGAACCCGAAGUAACACGAAGAAAGGUUCUCAGACACCAUCGCAAGCUGUGAAGAAAAAGCCAGAAUAUGACAAGUCCUUAUCAACACCAGAUUUGAUGAGUACUCCCAGAAGAGAAGCGGCAAAGGUGAGGUUACAAGAGCGAAGAGAUGCUGCAGCAAUGGAGCCUCAGGGCAGCUCUAAAACGUCUAGCAGUCCAAGAAAGCAAAAGGAAAACAGUCGAGAGAUUAAAGUGAAAGGCAAGAAAGGCACUUACACUGGCCAAUUGCGAAAUGAUAUGCCCCAUGGAGUUGGAACCAUUGUAUUUGCAAAUGGCGAUACAUACAUUGGCAACGUCGUCAAUGGAAAAUUGCAUGGCAGCGGUACACUAUAUUAUGUCAACAAGAAGCAUGGAAUUGAUCGUGGAAUAUGGCGAAACAAUGAUCGAAUAUGGCAAUAG